AUGUCUCCCUGCUACAACUGCUCGGCUCGCCCGCGUCUUGCGUCUAUCGAUUUCGGUACGGUCCCAUUGCAAGCCGGAGACGUAUGUCACAUCCAAGAGUCGCUCAUGAGGCCCAUCGAGAGCGCACUCAAGGUCAAUCUGAAGAAGCUCAUGUCAAUAGUCACGCUCGGCAACCACACCAUUGACACGUCGAGGACUCAGGAUAGCCUAUGGCCCGGUUUCAAGGAUCGUCCAUGUGUUAUCACUGAAGUCGACACCUCUGGGCCUCAGCAGAAGGUUACACACUGCGUCUUGAGUACCAUGAAUGGCAAGAGGAUCGAGACUCUACCAUAUGCCAUCAGGAAACCCCGAGGCCAGCGUGUAUUGUCGCGCAUUAAACUGUCUCAACAUAAGCUGCCAAUGAGAGCUGGACAGGGCACCCGUCAUGGAUCGCAUCAUCGUUCGGACCUCCACGUUGUCCACAACUUGCGGCAAACGAACGUGAACAAAUCCGAACAAUGGAAAAGAUGGCUCGACAAUGACGCCACCUUUAGCGAGCACAUGCGGGUAGAAUACACUAAUGAGGACCAAGCGACGGACCCACUACAUAUGGAAAUUGACGACAACGAAUACAGGUACGCGGUUAAGAACCUAGCCGGACCCGCUAUACAGGAGGAGGUCCAUGACGAGUCCAUGGUAGCCAUCACCCUCAUCGAGAUCAUCUGA